CUUUCGCCGGGGUCUGUUGCGACCUGUCCGAGUUUACAGAGCCCUGACCGAGCGCCUAGGUCCGCGGCCGCCGACCCGCAGCCAUGGCCGAGCGCUUCAAGGUGUCCGCGGCCAGCACCAACGCCUCCUAUGGCACACUGGAGGACGGUAAGGUGGCGGCACCCGGCGCGGACGACGUCAUCACCAUCACGGGCCCUUCUCCCGAGCCGUUCGACUCCGCCCACUCCGUCCUCGGCAAGGCUGAAGAUCAAAAGAAGACCAACGGGAGUGUCGAUCUGCCGGAUAACCAGCCGUUCGCCGUCGACGAGAAUGAGGGCCUGUCCGGAUACGACAAGAACCUUUAUCUCUACAGCGAGGAGCUGGAAGAGCGGCCACGCGUGGUGUCACUGGUCCACUCGCUGGCCAACUACAACGCCAUCAUCCCGUCGGCCAACGACCAUGACCAGAAGCCGGUGCGGCGACAGACCAAGCUCGGCACGAUGCUGGGCGUCUUUCUUCCAUGCAUUCAGAACAUAUUCGGCGUCAUACUGUUCAUCCGGCUGACGUGGAUCGUGGGCACGGCCGGCGCCCUGGAGAGCUUCAUGGUGGUGCUCAUGUGCUGCUGUGUGACGCUGCUCACGUCGAUCUCGAUGUCGGCCAUCGCCACGAACGGAGUGGUGCCCGGCGGCGGCUCCUACUUCAUGAUCUCGCGCGCGCUCGGGCCCGAGUUCGGCGGCGCCGUCGGCAUCCUCUUCUACCUGGGCACCACCUUCGCCUCAGCUAUGUACAUCAUCGGCGCCAUCGAGAUUCUACUGCUGUACAUCGAGCCGCGCAUGGCCAUCAGCGACAUAUCAGACGACGCCAACAAGUUCGACAACUUCCGACUGUAUGGCACCAUCCUGCUGCUCAUCAUGGCCACCAUCGUGUUCGUGGGCGUCAAGUUCGUCAACAUCUUCGCCACCAUCGCGCUGGUCUGCGUGCUCGGCAGCAUCCUCUCCGUCUACGUCGGCAUGUUCGUCAACGUGCACGGAUCGGACGCGCUCAUGACGUGUCGACUGGGCGAGCGACUCUUGAAGGAGGACCCGGUGAACAAGUCGGCGUCCGCCUGCACACCGGAGCACCUGUGGCCCACGUUCUGCAAGUCGCCGCUCGACCUGCACAACCGCACCGGCUGCUACUACUACUUCGCCGACCACUUCAACGAGACCUACUACGAGCGCGGCAUCGCCGGCAUCGCCAGCAGCUCCUUUCAGAAGAACUUGUACUCGCGCUACCCUCGGAAGAACAACUACGUUACGGAGAACGGCAGCUCGGUGGCGGCCAAGAACCUGGGCAUGGGCGAGUACAACCAGAUCAUGGCUGACAUCACCACGUCCUUCACCGUUCUCAUCGGCAUCUUCUUCCCCUCAGUCACCGGUAUCAUGGCCGGCUCGAACCGUUCGGGCGACCUGGCCGACGCGCAGAAGUCGAUCCCGGUGGGCACCAUCUGCGCCGUGCUGGUCACUAGCACAGUCUACCUGACGGGCGUCAUGUUCUUCGCCGCCACUUUCUCGCCUCUGCUGCUUCUCGACAAGUUCGGCGAUAGCGUGGGCAAGCAGCUGGUGGUGGCGCAGGUGGCCUGGCCGCACCCGAUGGUGGUCACCAUCGGCUCGCUGCUCUCCACCAUCGGCGCCGGCCUGCAGUCGCUGACGGGCGCGCCGCGGCUGCUGCAGGCCAUCGCCCAGGACAACAUCCUGCCCAUCCUCGACCCGCUCAGUGUCAGCUCCAAGCGCGGCGAGCCCGUGCGGGCCCUGCUCGUCACCGCCUUUAUCUCGGAGGUGGGCAUCCUGAUCGGCAACUUGGACGAGAUCACGCCGAUCAUCACCAUGUUCUUCCUCAUGUGCUACGGCUUCGUGAACCUGGCGUGCGCGCUGCAGACGCUGCUGCGCACGCCCAGCUGGCGACCGCGCUUCAAGUACUACCACUGGAUGCUGUCCUUCCUGGGCCUCUCGCUGUGCAUCACCGUCAUGUUCAUGACCAGCUGGUACUACGCGCUGGUCGCCAUGGUGAUCGCUUUCGUCAUAUACAAGUACAUCGAAUUCCGCGGGGCGGAGAAAGAGUGGGGGGACGGCAUCCGCGGUCUGGCGCUGUCCGCCGCGCGCUUCUCCCUGCUGCGGCUGGAGGAGGGGCCGCCGCACACCAAAAACUGGCGCCCCCAGCUGCUGCUGUUCGCCAAACUCGACUCCGAGCUGAACAUCAAGUACCCGAAGCUCAUCACGUUCGCCUCUCAGCUGAAGGCUGGCAAAGGUCUGACGAUGCUGGUAACAGUGCUGGAGGGUGACUUCAGCAAGACGUACGGCGAAGCGCAGGCGGCGCGCCUCAGCAUACGGAAGGAGCUGGACCACGAGAAGGUCAAGGCCUUCGUCGACGUGCUGGCCGCCCAGAACGUCAUCGAGGCCAUCAAUCACUUUAUGCAGACGGCGGGCAUGGGCGGCCUGCGACCCAACACGGCGGUGCUGGGCUGGCCUUACGGCUGGCGCCACCAGACGGACGCCAAGGCGCACCGCGUGUUCCUCGAGUCCGUGCGCAACACCAGCGCCAACAAGAUGGCGCUGCUCGUGCCCAAGGGCAUCAACUUCUUCCCGGCCAACAACGAAAAGGUGGUUGGCAACAUCGACAUCUGGUGGAUCGUACACGACGGUGGCCUCCUGAUGCUGCUGCCCUUCCUGCUGAAGCAGUCGCGCACCUGGAAGGGCUGCAAGAUGCGUAUCUUCACCGUAGCGCAGAUGGAGGACAACAGCAUACAAAUCAAGAAGGAUCUGAAGACGUUCCUCUAUCACCUCCGAAUAGAGGCAGAAGUGGACGUCGUAGAAAUGGGCCACGACAGCGACAUCUCGGCCUACACGUACGAGCGCACGCUCAUGAUGGAGCAGCGCAACCAGAUGCUGCAGGAGAUGCGGCUCAGCAGGAAGGAGCGGAACUCGGUGGUGGAAGCCAUCAUGGGCGCCGACAUGGACCAGAUUCGGCGCCCCUCGAUCAGCACUGUUCAGGACGUGCAGGACAUCGUCGACAAGAGCUUCAAGAACGACUCACCGGUGCGCUCGUCCAAGGUGCACUUCCUGGAGCGCGUGCUGCCGGAGGAGGCGGCCGCCGAGCCGCCCGGCAUCUCGGUCGACCUCGCUGAGGACCUGGUGCCGUCGCGCUCUCCGUCGCCACAGCGCAAGGACGAGAAGGACGCCGCCAAGGAGGCGGGCAAGGACGGCUUCAAGAAGCUGCUCGACAUAAAGCCGGACAAGGCGAACGUGCGUCGGAUGCACACCGCUGUCAAGCUGAACGAGGUGAUCGUGAGCAAGUCACACGACGCCCAGCUGGUUAUUGUCAAUCUGCCCGGACCGCCAAAGAUACAGAGCUCCAAGAACGACUCCAACUACAUGGAGUUCCUGGAGGUGCUGACGGAAGGCCUGGACCGGGUGCUGAUGGUGCGGGGCGGCGGCCGGGAGGUCAUCACCAUCUACUCGUAGAGCCGCCGGUGCGGCCGGCCCGGAGUCGAACUCCAGAGUCCACGGCGCCGGACCGCCGCCGGCCGCCGGCCGCCGACCGACGCCGCGCGCCGCCGCCGGCGUAUUUAUACUAUUUAUUGGUGUCCCCUGUGUGAGACACCGCCGCCGGUGAAGGGGGCGCCACUGCGAGCGCCGCACGCGAGCGAGCUUACC